AUGGGCAGCCAGGCGGGCGGCCCGCGGGCGACGGCGCCGGGGCAGCAGCUCCGCGCUCUCUUCUACGCGCUGCCGCCCGCGGAGAGCUCCUUCCGCACGGUGGAGGAGGUGCCCGACUACGUGGAGAAGAGUAUUCCGUUCUUCAUUGCUUUUAUUGGGCUGGAGUUUGCUGUCAGCUGGGUUCAGAAGAGUAAGCUGCCAGGUCGGAUCAAUGAUGGCAUAAGUUCUCUUUCUUUAGGUAUCCUGUCUCGACUGCCAGAUGUUUUAUUCAGAAGUAUUGACUUAAUUAGUUAUAUCUACGUAUGGAAUAACUACAGACUCUUUGAACUGCCCUGGGACUCACCAUGGACGUGGUAUUUGACGCUCCUGGGAGUGGACUUUGCAUACUACUGCUUUCAUCGCAUAAGCCACGAGGUUAAUAUACUGUGGGCAGCGCACCAAGUACAUCAUAGUUCUGAAGAUUACAACUUAUUCACAGCCUUGAGACAAUCUGUACUGCAGAAAUACACCUCCUGGAUUUUCAACUUGCCCAUGGCUCUUUUCAUUCCUCCUUCAGUGUUUGCUGUUCACCUACAGUUUAAUCUACUUUACCAGUUUUGGAUACAUACAGAGGUUGUCAACAAACUUGGGCCUCUGGAGUGGAUUCUUAAUACUCCCAGUCACCACAGAGUUCAUCAUGGUAGAAAUCCUUACUGCAUUGACAAAAAUUAUGGUGGCACACUCAUUAUCUGGGACAGGAUAUUUGGGACAUUUGAGGCAGAAGAUGCAAAAGUUGUUUAUGGCUUAACACAUCCAGUAAAUUCGUUUGAUCCCAUCAUGCUGCAGUUGCGUCCCUUGGUUCAUAUUUGGAACACGUUUUGGGCCACACCUGGAUUCUGCAAUAAGCUUUCUGUCAUAUUCAAAGGGCCAGGCUGGGGACCAGGCAAACCUAGACUUGGCCUUCCUGAGGAAAUCCCAGUGAUCACUGGAAAAGAAGUUCCCUUCAAUCCAAGUAUACCAGCUUAUCUUAAUUGCUAUGCAGUUGUACAUUUUGCUGUAAUAAUGGACUUGUAUACUGAACUUCUUGGUACUGUGACUAUGUUAUCACAGGGAACUAUUCUCCUGAGAAUUGGCUUUAUCAUUUUGUCCCUGACCUCUUUUGGACUACUUACGGAGAACAGGCCCAAAGCAGACAUUUUGGAAAUUAUCCGCUGCUUAGUUUUCGUAGCUGUGUACAAACUUGGCCACUUAAGGAGUCAGUUUUCUUCCUUGUGCUAUGCAUAUGAGGUAUUGUUCUCCCUGCUAUUGCAUUUGAAGUCCUUCUAA